AUGGUCUAUAUACUAAUUUUCUCUUUACGGUCAUAUUACUCGGUUUUCAACAUCCAAAGACUCUCCUGGGCCGAACUCCGUCAGAAGGCAAGCUUAUUACCAGGCGUUCACUUGGUAUUUUUUGCUUUGAAUGUGGUCGAGUUUUUGGGCUUUGUUUUCACCUUCAGGCCCUUCUUAGCCCUUCCACAAGACGAAGUUCUUGAUUCCAAAAAUGACCCUGAAAAUAAUUGA